AUGGCAGCGGCCGGCCAGGAGGACUACGCGUACCUCUACGAGGACCCCUCUCACCCCGCCGACUUCCUGGAGGCGUUCCGGACGUUUUACCUGGACGGGCUGUUCACCGAUAUCACCCUGCAGUGUGCCUCGGGAGUCAUCUUCCAUUGCCACAGAGCCGCCUUAGCAGCUUGCAGCAAUUAUUUUAAAGCCAUGUUCACAGCCGAUAUGAAAGAGAAAUCUAAAAACCAGAUCAGACUUCCCGGGCUCAGCCAUGCGGUACUGGAAGCUCUCGUUAAUUAUGCAUACACAUCGCAGAUCCAGAUAACAAAGAGAAAUGUCCAAAGUCUGCUCCAGGCAGCAGACCUCCUCCAGUUCCUGUCAGUAAAGAAAGCCUGUGAACAGUUUCUGGUGAGGCAUUUAGAUACUGACAACUGUAUAGGGAUGCACUCUUUUGCCGAGUAUCAUAAUUGCUCGGAGCUAGAGAAAGAGUCCAGGAGAAUAUUGUUAUGGCAGUUUGAAGAAGUGUGGACUCAGGAAGAGUUUCUGGAUAUUGGCAAGGAGAAGCUCUCAUAUAUUCUCUCCAGAGAUAAUCUCAAUGUUUGGAAAGAAGAGGCAGUCAUCGAAGCUGUCGUUAAGUGGAUUGCUCACAAUGUGGAAGAAAGACUGGAAGACAUCUAUGAACUGCUGAGCUGCGUCAGGGUAGACUUAGAUAACGUGUAUUUGAGGUCAGUUUUAAGCCUACAAAAAAAAUGCCGACUUAGUGAUACUAAGAUAAGGUCACUCAUAUACAAUGCCCUGAACCUCAGUCCCAAAAGUCUUUCCAGAAGACCUACAGCAGCCAUGUAUGUGAUUGGAGGAUAUUACUGGCAUCCCUUAUCAGAAGUGCAUGUCUGGGAUCCAUUAGCAAACACAUGGGUUCAGGGAACAGAGAUGCCGGAUCAUACCAGAGAGUGUUACGGGGUCACUAGCUUGGGAUCAGAUAUAUAUGUGACAGGAGGUUAUAGAACGGAGAGCAUCGAAGCCCUUGACACCGUGUGGAUAUAUAAUAGUGAGAGAGAUGAGUGGACAGAAGGCUGCCCCAUGCUUGAUGCAAGGUAUUACCACUGCACUGUUUCCUUGGAUGGCUGCAUCUAUGCGUUGGGUGGAUACCAAAAGGGAGCGCCAGUGCAAGAAGCUGAGUUCUAUGACCCUUUAAAAAAGAAAUGGCUUCCUAUUGCAAACAUGAUCAAAGGUGUUGGGAAUGCCACUGCCUGUGUCCUGCAUGACGUCAUCUACGUAACUGGGGGUCACUAUGGAUACAGGGGAAGCUGCACCUAUGAUAAAGUCCAGAGAUACCAUUCAGGUAGCAAUGAGUGGAGUAUAGUGACCACGAGUCCGCAUCCAGAAUAUGGAUUGUGCUCAGUUACAUUACAAAACAAGAUCUAUUUUGUGGGUGGACAGACCACGAUCACGGACUGCUAUGAUCCAGAGCAAAAUGAGUGGAAGCAGAUGGCUCACAUGAUGGAGAGAAGAAUGGAGUGUGGCACAGUGGUUAUGAAUGGAUGUAUUUAUGUAACAGGAGGAUACUCCUAUUCAAAAGGAACAUAUCUGCAGAGUAUUGAGAAAUACAACCCUGAACAGAAUACAUGGGAAGCAGUAGGGAAUCUUCCCAGCGCUAUGCGGUCACACGGCUGUGUCUGUGUGUAUAAUGUGUAAACAUUUAAUUCUCAUGUUGCUGUUACAGAAAACAGCAGAUGCAGUAUCCAUAACAGUACUGAAUGGCUCAUGAAUGAGAUGUCUAAUAUGGUGUCUUAAUGCACAUAAUUGUAAACACUAGGUAUAAUUUGUCUUUGUUUUAAACUGUUCAAAAAUACCAAUGUGGUAACAAGAUUUCCAUAUAUUUUUCAGUCCAGUCAUUCUUUUUCAUGAAAGUUUUCAAAUGACUUUCUUGUAAUACUUUGUGCAGCUGGAUAGGAGCUACUGUGAAAACCAGAUCUGUGUUCAUUCAUCACUGCGUGGAACUAUGAUCUGGUGCUAAGGUGAGUAAAGCCAAACAAAAUACUUUGCAUUUCUAUGGACUGCUGAGCUUAGGAUGAAAUCUUUGAUACUUCAAAAGUAGCCAUAGGAGUGGUUCAUUGCCACAAGCUAAGUGUGUGGUACGUACAGAGCAGUAUUAUGUGGGUAGCUGGGUUAUCACAUCCAGCAAUCAGGCAGUUAUAGGAUGCCUCUAAUCCUACCUACAGAUGCCAGAGUGGAGAAGAGCACAGGCUGGGAAUGAGGGAAGAAAUGUCAUACAGUAGCCCCAGAGCACAAGCUGAAAGUGUGCAUUAGUUUUCGGGGAAAACAGUGCUCUGCAUUUCAAGGAAGUUUGAGGAAAAUGCUCACUUUGCCCUUCUCACACUGGCAGGGCCUGUGAGAAAUUGAAGACUCUGCAUGGCUUUGCAGUGGACUCUUGGGCUGAUGCACAGGUAUUGGGGAUUCCUCCCAUCCCCCAAAAAAGCCUUACCAUGGUAACUUUUUUUUAGUCAAAGUUAAGAUGUGUCUUUUUAUGGACUGAAAGGAGGAAAUGAGAGAGACUGGGUAGUUGCUAACAUUACCCGGUU